UGGUACCUGCAGACGACGACAGGGGUCGGAAGACGAUGGCACUUUUCUUGGGCCGAUAGUGGGCUCCGAUUUGCUUGGGCUUGAAGGUGGGCAAGAUUCUUCAUUUCAGCUCACGCCAUGCCGCCUGAAGAAAGCUAAACGGCGGGGAUGAUGCGGAUAUGGUGAUGCAGACGUGGCCAUGGAGUCGCGGAGAUGGAGAGAUGAUGGUCGCCGCUAGGGACGCGAGCGGAGUCGUCGUCGUCGAGGACGGAGACCUCCGUUGCUUUCCCUCUCUAAGAAGCUUCUAGGUCAGCAGAGGAAGAGGCUCUUCGGCUCGGCAAUGGCUCAGUUCGCGGCUACAGGACGCGUGAAGCUCCUCUUCUUCGAUGGCGGAGGAGUGUCCUCCUCCUCCUCCUCCUCCUCCUCCGCCGCCGCCGCCGCGUUUGAGCCGAAAGACUUGCUCUUCUGCAACAACCGCGCUCCGGCCCGGGUCCGGAGGCGCGGCCUCGGGUUCCUCCGGUCGCGUUCCGUGGCCGGCGAAUCUCGACGUCUCGGGGCGGAGUCGGCGCGCUCGAGCGGCGUCUGGGCCGACCGUUUCGACUACUACGAUUACGACAGCGACGCCGAGACCGACGACCUGGCGUGUUUCCGAGGCCUCGUCUUGGACAUCGCUUACAGGCCUGUUGAUGUCGUGAGCUGGAGACGUGCUAUUUGCCUGGAAUUCAUGGAGAAGGCUGAUGUGCUUGAGUAUUAUGAUCAGACUGUAAACUCUCCAAGCGGUUCAUUCUACAUACCUGCUGUUUUAAGGGUUCCUCAUCUACUGCAAGUUAUCAAGAGGAGAAGAAUCAGAACUAAUCUUAACCGUAAGAGCAUAUUCUAUCGAGACGGUUAUAGUUGCCAGUAUUGUUCAUCAAGUGAGAAUUUGACCAUUGAUCAUGUUCUUCCAAUUGCACGAGGUGGAGAAUGGAAAUGGGAAAAUUUGGUCACGGCUUGCGCCAGAUGCAAUGCAAGGAAAGGUCAGAAAACAUUGGAGGAAACCAAAAUGAAACUGAUUAAUGUCCCCAAGGCUCCAAGAGACUAUGAUAUACUAGCCAUACCUCUGACAAGUGCCACAAUAAAGAUGCUGAAAAUGAGGAAGGAAACGCCUGAAGAGUGGCUUCAAUAUCUAGGAGUGCGUUCGUCAUAGCCAUGAUUCUAUAUAUGAUGGCAUUUGUACAUUGAUGUUCCCUGUAUUUGUACCAGGUAAACAUGUUGAUGGAAUAGAGAUCUCUUUGCUGCAAUUUACGGUACUCCAUAUCUGCCCUUGGGGUAAGAAGUAUUUAUGGCCUCUGACUCAUCUGCUUUUGUGAGGACACCACAAAGACGAUUGUUUCCUGUACAAUAUGAAAAAUUGAGUAAUUUUGGGAAGUUUUUGCUUA